CUCUCUCUUUUUCUUCAUUGGAUUUUCUGAAAGCUAGGGUUUUCUUGAGCUCUAAACUCCAUUAAAUUUGAUCUUUUGUUGAAUUGAAAGCGUAUUGAGUUCCGUGAGAUCUGAACUGAAAUUUCUGUUGGCAUGAAACCUGCGUGAAGGAGGGGCUGAAAAGACGAUUAGCUUGUUAUUUAUUUUAUUAAGAUAUUAAUUAUUAAAUGUUGUAUAUAUGCUUCAGUUGAGUUCUGGAAGAAACGGUCUUGAAAUGCAGAAGUUCAUGAGGUUACGCUUGCACGCUCUAUGAUCUUCGUCUUCGCAUUUCUCCUUGUGGUUUUUAGAGUUUGCAAGGAAGUUUCGGCAGAGGAGUGCAUGAAGGAUUUGGUCCGUUUUCUAUGUUACAUAAAGAUUUGCAAGAGAGUGAGGCGAGAUUUUGGGCUUGUGAUCCGGAGCAGGAGUAGGUGGGGGAAAUGUGGCUGAUUUUACCGGCGCUUGGCACCUGGUUUUUUUGAGUUGUUCUUUGAUUGUUUCUCAGCAGAAAAGGGAGCUGAAACGGAUUUUUUUAGGCGGCUGGGUUGGAAGAUUGUGAAAUAUGCAGCAAGAGCAGCGAAAGAAGAAUCCAACAAUAGAGAUGGACUUCUUUACUGAGUAUGGUGAUGCCAAUAGAUUCAAAGUUCAGGAAAUCAUAGGAAAAGGAAGCUAUGGCGUUGUCUGCUCAGCCACUGACAUCCAUACUGGAGAGAAAGUGGCAAUAAAGAAAAUUCACGAUAUUUUUGAGCACAUCUCGGAUGCUGCACGAAUCCUGCGUGAGAUCAAGCUGCUUAGGCUUCUACGACAUCCUGACAUUGUUGAAAUAAAGCACAUUAUGUUGCCACCCUCAAGGAGGGACUUCAAAGAUAUAUAUGUUGUUUUUGAGCUCAUGGAGUCGGAUCUUCACCAAGUCAUUAAAGCUAAUGAUGACUUAACAAGAGAACAUUAUCAGUUUUUUCUUUAUCAGUUGCUACGAGCAUUGAAGUAUAUUCAUACAGCAAAUGUUUACCAUCGAGAUUUGAAACCAAAGAAUAUAUUGGCUAAUGCAAAUUGCAAACUCAAAAUUUGUGACUUUGGGUUGGCAAGAGUUGCCUUCAAUGAUACUCCUACAACAAUAUUUUGGACGGAUUAUGUGGCGACAAGAUGGUACAGAGCUCCAGAGCUGUGUGGAUCAUUUUUUUCCAAGUACACACCUGCAAUUGAUAUUUGGAGCAUAGGCUGUAUCUUUGCUGAGGUGCUAACUGGAAAACCUCUGUUUCCUGGUAAAAAUGUGGUUCAUCAGUUGGAUUUGAUGACUGAUCUGCUUGGAACACCCUCUUUAGAUACCAUUUCACGGAUCCGCAAUGAAAAGGCUAGGAGAUACUUGACGAGCAUGAGGAAGAAGCAACCCAUGUCAUUUUCUCAAAAAUUCCCUAAUGCUGAUCCUCUGGCAGUUAAACUAUUGGAAAGACUGUUAGCAUUUGAUCCAAAGGAUAGGCCAACUGCUGAACAGGGUCUUGCUGAUCCGUACUUCAAAGGCCUAGCGAAAGUGGAGAGAGAGCCCUCUUGUCAGCCGAUUACAAAGCUAGAGUUUGAAUUUGAGCGGCGGAGGGUGACAAAAGAAGACAUUAGGGAAUUGAUUUUCCGGGAAAUAUUAGAGUAUCAUUCACAACUGCUGAAAGACUACAUGAAUGGAACAGAAAGGACAAGUUUUCUUUAUCCUAGUGCUGUCGAUCAAUUCAGAAAGCAGUUUGCACAUCUUGAGGAAAAUGGUGGUAAAAGUGGGCCGGUGAUUCCAUUUGAGAGAAAACAUGUUUCUCUCCCAAGAUCAACAGUUGUUCAUUCAAAUACAAUUCCCCCCAAGGAACAGCCAAAUAUGGGUACAUUCAGAGAUCGGCAAAUAUCAGAGGAAGCAUGUAAUAAGAACUCAAGGGAUACAAAUGGAAUUGGACAUAUGCCAAGGACUUUGCAGGCAUCACAUCGGAUUCCAAUGGCCAAACCUGGGAAAGUUGUUGGACCAGUUGUACCUAAUGAGAAUGGUAGCAACAUGAAAGAUGGCUUUGACCCAAAAAUGUUGAUCAGGAAUGCAGUUCUUCCUCCUCAAGGCAUCCCUUCAUCAUACUGUUUCCAAAGGCCUAGCAUGAAGCAUGAAAGAUCUGGGGCAGAAGGUGAGAGGGGCUUGUCACAAACCAAACCACAACUCCCAGAGUGUAGCAUGGCAGCCAGAUUAGCCCCUGAAAUUUCCAUUGACAUAAACUCUCCAUUUUAUCUAACACGGGCAGGAGUAAUGAAGGCCGACCAAGUAACCGAUCGAAUUGCUAUUGAUACGAAUCUGCUGCAAGCUAAAUCUCAGUUUGGUGGGAUUGGUGCUGCUGCAGCUGUGGCUGCGGUUGCUCACAGAAAGGUGGGAACUGUUCAGUAUGGCAUGACAAGGAUGUAUUAGGAAUGCUCACAGAAAGGUGGGAACUCUUCAGUAUGGCAUGACAAGGAUGUAUUAGAG